CCGACGACCUGUCACGAGUAGAGUUGAAAGUUACGAAAUGGAAGACGCGUCUAUUGUUCUCCGAUUAGAGUGCAAGGUGCAUCUUUACAGUAGUCCCAAGUGACUGCAGAUUUAAGUCAGUUAUUGGUUGUGUUAAGUAUGCAAUCUUCCACGGAAUUACAAGGUGAAGAGCCGGACUGCUCGAUAGACAUCUCGGAAGCAGAAGCAGGGAGCAUCCAGGAAAUCCGCGAAUGGCUUGCAGACAACCCACACAUCAACGCGUGUGAAGAUCACUUAAAUUUGGUGUUCUUUUUACGGGGAUGCAAACAUGAUUUGGACAAAACAAAAGAUAAAAUACGAAGAUUUUACAUGAUGAGGGCAGAGAGAACAGAAUGGUUUGUAGAUCGAGACCCAUUUUUGCCUAAGAUGCAAGAGCUUCUAGAAAUUGGUGUAUUCCUUCCCCUACUGGUGAAAGAUGAUUCGAACCGGCAUAUUUUUGUGAUAAGAACUUCAGCACAUAAUCCAAAAAUACAUCACAUGAACGAUGUUUUUAAGAUUUCUAAAAUGAUAUUAGACUUAACCCUGCGACUACAUCCUGAAAUCUCAACACAAGGCCUUGUAGCAAUUUUCGAUAUGCACGGAGCUACCUUGAGUCAUGCCCUUCAAUUGAACCCAGCUCUAAUAAAGCGGUCUGUUGAAAGUUGGCUGAUAUACCCAUGCAAGCCAAAAUUACUAGAAUUCGUAAAUGCUCCCACGCAUGUAAAUGUUGUAUUAAAUACGUUCAGAUUUUUCAUGCCAGCGAAAAUGAAGUCACGUUUGUUUGUCCGAAAAGGGGCUCCUACUAUAAAAGCAGCACUUCCCAGAGAAUUGGGUGGGGGAGGGAAAUCUUACAAUGAACUAACAAAGUUUUGGAAAGAAAAAGUUGAGGAAAAUGUAGAAUUCUUUAAGUACGAUGAAAAGUUUAGAACACAAAUACCGUAAUGGUCUUAGAAUUGCUUUUAUAGUUUUUGUAUUAGGCUAAUCUACUGGAGUAGAAUCAGGGGAGCAAUUUGUGGCAGAAUAAAACUUUUGGCUGAAAGUUCGUUUUUAGAUAUAAGAAAAUAUGAUAGAAAAAGAUAAUGUAUAUUAAAUAUUCUUAAGAAGGUGAAUGUUUACAAUUGUGCAAAAAAAAUAAUGGGAAAUUGUGAUAUACAUAUUAACAAUAAUACGUAAUUGUUGGUGCGAGAGUCCAAUUGGAACUGGGGCUUGAAAUAUGUUAGGGAACUUCAUUCAAGACCGUAACGGUACACUACAGGCCAACAAUACACUGUAGGAUGCAAAUGUGGUCAGUAAAACAGUCACCCGACAUUGUGAUAUGAUCGAAUUAUAUAGACCAAUCCGACAUAAUGGCAACAAUCUAAAAACAAAGCUCGUAAUUUUUAUUGAAUUAACUGAAAAAUAUAAAAAUGAUGAGAGCCCUUGAACCUUGAGCCUAUUGAGUGCAGCUCAAUGGUUUAAUUAUUAUCGCGAUCAAUUUCAUGCAUAUCCAUCUAAAAAAAUUUAUAACAGUACAAAUGACUGUAUUGAGGCUAAUAGAGCAAUGGAAUACACAAAGCUCUUAAACAAAAUGACAUAUUUUUGCAAAAAUAUAUUUACUUUAAAAUUUAAAUUAAACAAAAAAUUAACUAUAUUUUAAAUAAGAAAAAAUCUUAUCGCAUUUAUGUUUUAUUCAAUACAUGUAUUAAAAAUAA